GUGUCGAUCUGCGAGCUUAGAUAACAGAACAAGACCUCUCCUUCUGUUUUGGACACGUACGACAGCCGUCAGGCGCAGCCGAGCUGUCGAGCUCCCAAACUCGACAAAAAAUCCGGCGUCAGGGCGAUUUUGCUGCCGAACGGGCAUCGAAGAGGCGCUCGGCACCGACACAGCCGCAGAGGCGUAGCUGAAAGCUCCCCAAAGCGUGUAGGAGACGAUCCACGUCCGACGACCGUCUGGGAGGUGCAUCUGUGUCUGUGGAGUUGAUUCAGCAUCAUGAUGGCCAGCGAGGAGAUAGUGGAGGCGACGUUCCCGGUGCGGCUGGCCAAGUCGUUCGGUCGCAUCUACAGCAGCUACAUCGACCGAACGGCGACCUACAUCAAGGGGAGGUGGCUCUUCUUCUUCGCCAUGGUGGCGCUGUUCGUGCUGCGGAUCUACCUCACGCAGGGCUUCUACAUUGUCACAUACGGGCUGGGCAUCUACCUCCUCAACCUCCUCAUCGGCUUCCUCUCGCCACAAGUCGACCCCGAGACCGAGGGGCCCGUGCUACCCGUGCGCGAUGCUGAGGAGUACCGCCCCUUCCAGCGGAGGCUGCCUGAGUUCAAGUGCUGGCAGUCGGCCACACGGGCAGUCGUCAUAUCCAUCACUAUGACCUUCUUUCGAAUGUUCGACCUGUAAGCCAGCCAGCCAAGCCAUGGAUUAUUGAGGGGGAGGGAAGGAACAACGAGGAGGGAGAGGAAGAUCUCCUUGUCAUGAUGUGUUUCGUUGCUCGCUCGGUGUGGUGUGUGUCAGGCCGGUCUUUUGGCCGAUCCUUCUGAUGUACUUCCUGGUGCUCUUCGUCUUGGUAAGCGGACGGACGCUAGCUAGACUCUAGCACUCGAGAUGGAUGGCUCGACGGACGGACGGAUGCAUCGAUUGGGGAUUGCGCUGCGUGUGUCCCUCCGUGUGCUCUCAUCUCAUCUCAGACCAUGAAGCAGCAGAUUCGGCAUAUGAUCAAAUACCGGUGAGUGAGCCAGCCACCCAGCCAGCCCAGCCACGUGUUGUGUUGGGUGUGGCGAAUCGAAUCAAGCUCGUGCAUUCAUUUCAUUCUAUCGUGUGUGUGUGUGUGGCCACUCCACUAGGUAUGUACCUUGGUCGUGGGGCAAGGCCAGGUACGCCUCUUCCUACGGCGACGUCCCACUACACUCCAAGUGACCCGACCCCGCCCACGGCAUUCGUGAGCUCACUCAUUCGUUCCUUGCCUGGCCUGGCCAGCCGUUUCAUCCCCGCCCUGUGUAUAGCGUAGCUGCCCGUCAGGACGGACCGACGCGGGAGAGAGAGGUCACGAGGUCACCAGUGGUGUUGGUUGGCGUGGGUGCAUGGCAUGACGCGUCGCCUGUAGACUGAUGACUGAUGGAUGGAUGGACGGACAGACAUGGUGGAU